GUCCCUAUAUAACACGGUGUCACCGUCGCACACACAGCACCCGCCCAGCCGCUGCCUCAGUUUCCCCACGCUGUAGCCAUGUGGAUGGUGUCGCCGCCGGUCGAUGAAGGAUCUCACCAGCUUGCCUGGCUUUGGGACCACGGCAAAGGCAGGGUGCAAAACACACUAGUAGGACAUGACCCUUAACACUUUCUCUAAAGCGUAGCCCUAUAGGUAUAUAAGAUCAAUAGAGCUUAACACUGGGGUUGGCUUUUAUUCUGAGCUUGGGUUUGGCUUUUUUGUCUGUUUGUUUGGUUUUCCUUUUGUUUUCUUUUUUGUUUGUUUGUUAUUUUGGAAGCGUUUUACUUUCUCCUUCGCCUCCCGCGGGCAGACAGAGGCAGGGGCUUGCAGAGCCUGAAUGGUUUGGGGAGAGGUGCAGGAGCAUGAGGAGGAGGGGGAAAGCGCUGCGCGAAGGCUCCUGCCCACAACCCUCCGCCGUCCCCUUCCCAUCGUCGGAGGGGGGCAGAGCACCGACCUGCUACCUCGGGCGCUUAAAUAACUCCCAGCCCCGAAUCUGUGCCCUUGACCGGCGUCUCGGUGGCUUGCAGGUAUUUUCCAGUACACCAAGAAGCUGUUCCUGAGCAGGCCGGCGGGACGGGCGCAGGCGCUGGAGUUCGUCCGGAAAAAUGCGGCCAACGCGCUCUCCAUGGCGAACCUGGUGGUGGGGCUCUCCUCCAUCCUCUGCAGCCUCAACAGGCAGUACCACUGCUCCUGCUGGCUGCUCCUGGUGGGCUUCCUGCUCGAUUUGGCCGACGGAGCCGUCGCCCGGCAGCUCAACGCCUGCUCAGCGCUGGGAGCCAAGCUGGAUGACUUUGCUGACUUCACGUCCUUCGGGCUGGCCACGGCACUGCUGCUGCAGCCACGCGGCAUGCUGGACGGGCUGCUGGCCAUCACCUACGUGCUGGCAGUCUUCGCUCGCCUCUGCUUCUUCUCCAGCGGGAUCCCCUUCACCUACCGGGGCUUGCCGUGUCCCUACGCUUCCUCGCUGCUGGCCAGCACCUUCCUGCUGACGGGUGGCCACAUCACGCUGCUGCGCGUCACUGCCAUCGCCAUGGUCCUCUUCAUGGUGGACCGCGGCUUCUACCCCCACGACAAGGUGCUGGAAUCGCAGUGCUGGAAGAAGGCAAUCUACGUCGGAGGCAUUGUGGCCGUCCUGUUCUCGCCCGCAAUGGUCGCUCCCAUCUACUACCUCGCCUGGUCGGCGUCGUACAUCUUACUCCCCUUUGCCAUCUGGAGCUGCAAAGCCUAACGGCCGAGCAGCAGCAACCCCGGCGAGGACGGCUCUGCCUUAACCUCCACCGCACGCGUAGUAAAGCUCUCCUCUGCCUCACUCUCGGGUGCCAGCGCCAGGCUGUCUCACCCCCCGCCUUUGUUAGCUCUUCCCGGGGAGGAGAGCCAUGACAGCAGACUCCAAACCUAGCAGGCGCAAUGCCGCGGCCCCACAGGGCUUCCCACCAUGGCAGUCUGCUUAGAAAACAGCUGAGCUCCCACAAAGGGGAACUUGGCGCCAGCAGAGCUCGGGCCGGGCUCCAACCUGCCCUGCACACCCGCACCCCCAGCCAGAAGAACAACAGCCCUGCACCAGCCCCCUUCCCAGGGAACCACCCCCCAGAUGCCUCCUGCCAGUCCCACCAGCUGGGACAGAGAUGGAGGUUCGACCAAUGCAUUCCCACUGUACAUAGUAAUUUAUUGCGAGGGCACAGUUGCGGCGGCUUUACGUUCCCCAAAUCCUCAACAUGAGGAGGAAGUGGCCCCCGCAGCAGGCAGUCUGUAGUAGGAUAGGGGUGAGGGUGCCCCCUUUCCUUGCAAAGCCCAGCCUGAGGCACGGGGAGCACUCUGGUAUUUAUUUCUGACGUGUCGCCAUAGGGAAAUAAUAUCUGAAGCGUGUUCUUUUUUUUCCUUUCUGCGCCCGGUCGAUGAGGUGUGGGAGGGAGGAAGGAAUGUGGAAAGGAAAAAUGGAACCUGAAACCCUGGGGCCGAACUCUCUGGAAAUAAAAAAGCUGGAGAACAA